AUGUCUCUCAAUUGGACAAACCUUGUCAGGUUCAUAAGCGAGGAGGAUGGACAGAUUCAUCUUGGCGAAGUUGAUACCAGGAAGUAUCCAGACAUUGGACUCGCAGUUUUGAAUGGGGAAAUAAUUGCGGUUAAACUGAUCAAGGGAUCAGUCUUCGACGGUGUUGUAACUGAGACCACUGUGCACGUUGCACGACUUUUGGCCCCUAUUGGGACCGAGGAAGUGCCCAUCAUCCGGUGCAUGGGGCUCAACUACCGCGAUCAUGCUAAAGAGGCGAACAUGCCAAUCCCGGAUGUGCCGGUCCUCUUCAUCAAACCCCGUACGGCACUCAACGGACCCUACCCUGCCAAGAUCAACGUGCCGAAGAUCGCACAGGACGGCUCCAGUGACUACGAGGCAGAGCUUUCAAUCAUAUUGUCCAAGUCAGGCCGAGACAUUCCCGAGUCGGAGGCAAUGGAUUAUGUUUUGGGAUACACCUGCAGCAACGAUGUCAGUGCUCGGACGCAGCAAUUCAAGAAUAGCCAAUGGUGCUUCUCCAAAGGUCUUGACGGAUCCUGCCCGGUAGGUCCGGUGCUUGUAGCUCCCUCUACUAUCGGGAACCCGCAUAAUCUUCGAAUCAAAGCAAUUCACAAUGGCAAGGUGGUACAGGAUUCAAAUACCCGGGAAAUGAUUUUCGAUAUUGCAAAGACAAUCGCAUUCCUAUCCCAAGGCACUACUCUGGAAAAGGGCACCAUUAUCAUGACUGGAACGGGUCCUGGUAUUGGGGCUAUGCGCAAUCCUAAGGUUGUUUUGAAUGAUGGUGAUGAUAUGAGAGUGGAAAUUGAGAAGAUUGGAACUUUGAUCAACAAAGUUCACUAUGAGUAA